AAAGGGAAGCUCCUCGGCCUACCACUAUCGCUGCCCGUCUGUCUGUACGCAGUCAUACCACUAACUUGUCAUGCCCCACUUCGUUCUUCUCCUCGUUGUUUUUCUUCCUAUUGUGUGGCUUUGGACUGUACGCCAGAAGCGGGUUUUUUACCCUCCUGGACCGUCAGGUUUUCCUAUCAUUGGCAAUGUUACGCAGAUGCCUGUCUUGUACCAGUGGCUGGAAUUCACCGAACGGGCGAGGGAAUUCGGCCCGAUAUUCCACCUUUCCGCUCUUGGAACGUCAAUGAUUGUGCUCAGCUCCGAGAAGGUCAUCAGAGAUCUAUGCGAAAAGCGAGGGCUGAUAUACAGUGAUCGUCCGAACCUUCCCAUGUCGGGGCAACUUAUGGGAUACGACCGCUCCAUUGCGAUGGCUCCCCUUGGUCGUUAUCACAAAGAUGGUCGUAAAGCUGUCUUGAGAGCUACAACAAAUCGGCAGAUUCAUAUGUACCAGUCUGUUCAGGAGUCAAAGACGAUUGUCUUUUUGAAAGCCGUCCUCGCAAAGCCGGAUGAGAUCAUGGAUCAUAUUCGUCGUCACGUUGCCGCCGUCGUCCUGAAAAUUUCUCAUGGAUAUGAUAUCCAGGCGAUGGGAACUGACCCUAUUGUUCAACUCGCGGAGCAAGCCCUGGAUGAAUUCGGCCGUGCAAUUGCACCGGGUGCAUAUCUUGUCGACGUUUUCCCAAUACUACUCAAGGUACCUGCGUGGUUCCCUGGAGCGAGAUGGAAGCGGCAGGGUUUCAAAUGGCGUGCGACCGCAAUACGCUUGAGGGAUGAGCCUUUUGAUAUGGUUAAGGAUCAGGUGAAAAAGGGCACUGCGGAGCCUUCCUUAAUAGCCGAGGCUAUCAGAACAAACCCAAAUCCGAGUGCCUAUGAAGACGAAAUUCAGAGAUGGACCUUCUUCCUUGCGAUGGCUUUGAACCCAGACGUCCAAAAGAAAGCACAAGCCGAAAUCGACAGAGUCGUUGGCUUAAAUCGCCUUCCUGUCUUCGCCGACAGGGAGCAUCUGUUUUAUGUUAAUGCUAUCGUCAAAGAAGUCCUUCGGUGGAAACCCAUCCUUCCUCUUGGUUUACCACACGCGACAACAAGAGACGACGUCUACAGCGGUUUUUAUAUCCCAGCUGGAACUGUCGUAUGGAACAAUAUAUGGAGCCUCUGCCGCGAGUCACAGCUAUACCCUGACCCCGACCAAUUCUAUCCUGAACGGUUCCUCUAUCGAGAGAAAGCCAAUGGGAUGAAUCCUGAUCCCGAAAAAUAUGUGUUUGGAUUUGGCCGAAGAUUAUGCCCGGGGUUGAGAAUGGCUGAUGCGACUUUGUUCAUUACCAUCGCUCGUACACUCACUGUUUUCAGUAUCUCGAAUGUUAGACGCGAUAGUGGUGUCCUCAUCAAAUCAGAGAACGAUCUACUAUACUCCGGAUCUCUAUUCUUUCACCCAAAGUUUGCUCACUACCUUUUGCUUUAGCCACCCAGAGCCCUUCUCAUGCUCUAUUGAUUUGAGAUAUCCAGAAUAUCAGUCCCUUUUGGACGUGGUCUCGAGGUCUCUUGCGGCUUGAUGAUGUCGACGCGUUUUAUAGCAGUGAAUUAGCAAAGUUACUGUAGGUCCAAAUGUGCAGAUGAAUCUGCCUUAAACCAGCUUUCUAUAACAUGUCUUUGUCCUUGGAUUUGAG